UUCUGUAGACAGCAGCAGUGUCCUGGUUUUUCCAGUGAUCAGACUAAUAGCUUCUAUUGCUGGUGACCAAGGAAAUCGACAGGGUCGCCGUCCAAAGAAAAUCGUUUAUUACCAAAACGGUGACUUUACAGGACGGCAAACGUACAUCGACUUUAAACGCAAAUGAAUGUGAAUAGAUUUUAGAGUAUUUUUAUUGGUCUUUUAUUACAUUUUCACAAAGCCACCAAACUCAAAUGACGUAGAAAAAUAAAAAUGGAAAAAAAAAACACUCAUUUUUCUUUAGAUGUGCUGCUAGUUUGCUGGUGACCAGCUCUGCUGAUCUGAGCUGUUGUUUUGAUUGUGUUCUACUGUUCAAUAUUCACGACUGUCAGCGAGUGUCUCGGAACGGGAAUUCUACUGUGGCGUUUGCACGCUUUGUUAGAAACCCCCCUCUUGUAGCACCACCUCGCUGCUGUAUGAUAGGGACUAUAGCCCAGUCUGUGUUAGUCAUUUUCUAGCCCUUCAUCUGACCACAGAGCCAGACAUUCCUCAGUGUACUAUCUCAACCAGCAGUGAUACCGGCAUGUGUUCAAGUCCUGGCACUUUCCACAGGUGUAGGUGCCCCUAAUGAGGGUCUCUAAGGUAGACAGAGUCAGGAAAAACCAGGAAGAAACACUGACAGGCACCAAGACUCGUAAGAGGAACCCAUCCUCCUCAGGGCCACACCGGAAAGGGCAGUUAUGAAAGAAAGAAAGAGAGGAAUGCUGGAACGGCAGGUACAGAUGGGGAAGUUCACACGCACCAGUUUUUCUCCCUGAACCUGCUCAGUGAGCGCAGCCACACCCCUAAAUACCUGAGUGGGUCUGGUGACAGCACCUCACCCUCAUUACCAGCUGCGCGAUCCUUCUGUCCUUCAGAGCGUUUGGGUUUCUCUCCGUUUGUGUUUCAGUUCUAUUCAACUGUGCAUUUGCUCUUCUGAUUUUGUUUGAUUUUGUUUGAUUUUGUUUGAUUUGGAGUUCUUCUAUCAUUUUAUCUGUUUUGAGCUUCUUCCUCUUCUUCCCUUCAUCCAUUUGCUUUUUUUAGUUUUAUUGUUGUUCUAUUUGGUUCAAGCGUCUUCCCCAAAAGAUGAGCAGCGGUCGUUUGUGGACAGAGGAGCAGUUUAACUGCCCCGUGUGCCUGGACCUGCCGACAGACCCGGUCACCAUCCCCUGUGGCCACAGCUACUGCAUGGACUGCAUCGCUGACCACUGGGACUCUGAGGAGCAGAAGACCGGCACCUGUAGCUGCCCAGAAUGCAGACAGACCUUCAGCCCUCGGCCUCAGCUCUGCCGCAACACCAUGCUAGCUGAGGCCGUGGAGCAACUCCGCAGCGGGAACCUCAGCUCCUCGGCCCGGGAGUCCAUCCGGAAUGCCAGGCAAGCGGCCAAAUCUGCCCAAUCCAAAGCCAGACAGAGCGCACCAAAGCCAAAGCGGCUGCCCGCCUCCGCUGUGCCUUGUGACCGGUGCCAGGAGCCCAGAGCGGCCGUCAAAACCUGCCUAGUUUGCCUGGCCUCUUUCUGCCCAACCCACCUGAAACCUCAUCAAACUCAGGCUAAUCUGAAGAACCAUGAGUUAAUUGGCCCGACUGCUGAUCUAACCCAGAAGAUCUGCCCCGAGCACAAGUACCUACAGGAGUUCUACUGCCGCUCCUGCCAGACUUACGUCUGCUGGCUGUGCACCAGCAACCAGCACAAGGGUCACGAGUGUGUGUCCACACAGACGGAGCGUGUGGAGAAACAGAAAACACUGACUGCAGUGCAGACGGAGAACCAGCAGAGGCUACAGGAGCGAGAGAGAGAGCUGAAGGACAUGAAGAAAGUUCUGGAGACACUAAAGCGCUCAUCCGACACGGUGAAAGAAGAAGCGGAAACAGUGCUGUCCGAGCUGCAGCGGUCAGUGCAGAGGAUGCUGGAGCUGAUCCAGGACGUGAUGAUGUCCUCUGGUCAGGAGAAACUGACUGAGGCUCAGGAGGUUGUGGACAAGCUGGAAGCUGAAAUAAAGCAGCUGAAGAAAAAAGAUGCGGAGCUGAAGGAUCUCGUGAAGAGCCAGGACAACAUCCACUUCCUCAAGACGUAUCACUGCCUGUGUUCUCCGGAGGUCAGUGAGCUCGGCGGCGUGACCGCUAACGUGGAGGCUUCAUUUGAUUCAGUGCGUUCUGUUGUUCUGGACCUCAGAGAGAAGGUGGAGAACAUGUGCAACCAAGAGCUGGACAAGAUCAACAAGACAGUGUUCAACACAACAGCGUUCACGGUGACUGACCGCCAGAGUGGACAAAAGGGCCUUUUAAAGUUAUUUUCAGGUUUGGGAGGCAAAGCAGCGAAUAGCCGCACGCAAGGUCCCCCGCCCCUGCCCUCCGUGAGUGCUCGAGGCCCAGGGCCAGCAGCGCGUCCGCAGGACAGGAGCCGGAAUGGGUCACAGGCCCAGAGAGGGACGAGCUCUCCAAGACCGAGAACCAGUCAAGCCAGAGAGGAAACAGAGCAAGAUGGCUGGAGUGUGAGCUCACUGACUCUGAGAGAGAGGCAGAGGCAGAGGAGGGAGGCGAGAGAGCCAGAGAGAGAGACCGAAAGCUCUUCGAGAUCUCGGAGCAGACAGAGCCGGAACACCGACGACGAUCAGGCCGAGACUCGGAGUGUACGACCCCUGCGGCCUCAGGCAGGAGAGAGAGGAGAGGACAGACAACAAGCUGACAACUGGAGUUUAAGUUCCAUCAGACCGAGAGACAGGCAGAAGACAGAGGAGAGAGAGACAGCUAACGGGGAUUUGACAAGCUCUCAGAGGUCACAGCACACCCCAGCUCGACAACAGGCACAGAGACAAUCGGAUCGAUGGAGUCUCAGUUCACUCUUACCAAGAAACAGGAAGAAAAGACAGGAGAGCGUGAGAGAAGCCACGCCCACUGUACAGGAAGAGGUGGAGUCUCAGAACCCUGCUUCAGCCAAUCCAUUCUUAUCAGCUGGAGCAACAGAAGUAAAUCCCGGCCUCUUCCUCGACUCUCCGACCGAUUUCAGUGGUCCUGUUUUCCCCACAUUGAGAGAGAUCAACAUCGACAGUAUUCAGGCUCCGGAGCCCCGGACCAGAGACGAGUUCCUGCAGUAUGCUUGUGAUCUGACCCUUGACCCAAACACGGCUCACCGCCGCUUGGCUGUGACGGAAGGCGAAACCAAAGCGACCCUGCAGGCCACAUCCCAGCCGUACCCGGACUGCCCCCAGCGCUUCGACGGCUGGACGCAGGUCCUCUGCCUGCAGCCCCUUUCAUCCGCUCAAUGCUACUGGGAGGUGGAAUGGCGUGGGCGGGGCUCUUCGGUGGGCGUGGUCAGUGGCACCAUGCCCAGGAAAGGGGCAGAUGCGAAGGCGGGGCUUGGAUACAACAGCCAAUCAUGGAGCCUGGAGCUGUCAGACAUGUGCUGCGCCGCCAUGCACGCCAAUCAGAAGGAGGAGAUCCCGGUGAUCUACUGCCCCCGCGUGGGCGUCUUUCUGGACCGCGACGCCGGCAAGCUGACCUUCUACAGCGUGGAUGACAGCCUGGUGCCCCUGCACACCUUCCACGGCUCCUUCCCCCAGCCACUGUUCGCUGCGUUCGGGGUGGGCAGCGGCGUGGGCGUGGGACUGGACUUCGCCAUGGGUCAGUUCAACUCCACUUCAGACAGCAUCAAAAUCUGUCCCCUCUGAACUGUGGACACUUUCGUUUGGACUUCGGAGGAACACAGAUUAACCAUCUGUUUGGCUACAACAGCCAAUCACAGAGUGCCACGGUGCACCAAUCAGAGGAGAGCGAUCUCUGCCCUCUGCUCUGGGGGCUCUAAGGGUUAUUAUAGCCUCGACUGUGAUUAACGCAAAACUCGUGUAAAAAAUCUGAAAUCAAUUUCAUUUAGAAAGUCUGCAUUACUGAUGGAUCACCGUUCCUCCUCCCGAAGAUCAAUUAAAAAACUCUGAAGCUCAAUUUUCACGACUUUAAUAAAAGCAGAUGUAGCUCUACAUUUACCAACAGCUCCAAGCGCCGAGAAACGCUGCAUCUGCUGUUUGACGUCGGAGGAACACGGAGAACAGAAACGGUGGAGAGCUGGGAGAAAACGACAGAUCUGGAUGUGAAGCAGAUGAUGAGGAGCUCUGAUCAUGAUCAUGUCCGCAUGUUUAAACCCUAAAACAAUCCUACAUUAUGAUCUUCUCCCCAGGCAGGAAAGAGAGACUUCAUCACUGCUCAAGGUUUUUUAAACUCUGCUCUGAUCCAUGACCUCCGCAGGUCAGGGCCAUCAGAACUCUGAUUACUGUAAUGUAAGGCUGGACGUUUUAUUAGUGUGAUGAAGCAUUUCUGAGGAUAUUGUGGAGACUGGUCACCUACGUUUCAUCACAAGGGCCUCAUUCUGCUCUCUGUUUCACUGGUUUAUAAAACAUCACAUUUCUUCUUCUGCUUAUUACCAUUGUAUGUUUUUGUAUAUGUGGAACAUUAAUUUAUUCCAACUUAUUAAUGAAUGAAGAUGCUAUAUUUUUGCCAUAUUUCCCCCCCAGUGAGAUGUUUUGUGAGCUGUGAUCAUGUCGAUGUGUUGUGAUCUGAUUGCCCCCGUUCCGGUGAUUAUAGAACGUUGUUUGUAUUAAAAGCCGGGUCAAUAUUUCAUUAA